CAUAGAAUGGCAACUAUGACAUCAACUACACAAACAGAACCCGUUCAUCCCCUAGGGAUGAGUUUCUGCCUAACAGCAAGGGGGUGUAAUUAAACCAUUUGAAGAAUAAGCCUACCACACAACUGAACAACUUGACCCUGUAUAAACUGUGCUGCAGCCAUGGAUUUCCCAAAGGUGGUUGGACUUGCAUGGGAAAAGUCCCACAUGGGUCCCGAAUCUUCAUCAUCUUCAGGAAACUCAGGAAAUGAAAGUGAUAAUGAUUACGAACGCAAUCAGGCCGGCCGCAAUGUUGCAACCUACAAAAACGAAGCCGCUAUUUCUACCAUUGAUGAAGUCCCCCCCGCUGUGCAGAAUGUGUUGGAUAAAAUUGAGCUGGCCCAGCUGGAAAGAGCAAAGAAGGUAUGUGUUGGAGAGAAAAAUAGAGUUUCUGUCCUGGAGCAGGGACUGCUGAUGGAUGAGGGGGGUCAAAUAUGUGCAGCCUUUCACAAUAGGUUUUCAACAUGGACUCCUGCUGGCACGUUAAGCACAAUUCUGCUCACCCCCCGAGAAUUAUAUUUGAGAAAAGUCAGGAGAAAUGGGAGUAAUCCCAACUUCUGCAGGUAACUGAUUCAAAUGAACCAGAUUAAGUCCUUCCAUUUGCUUGUUUACCAGACCUGCUGUAUUUAUUGGAUGCCUCUCUAGCCCUUGCAAUGUGAGAUGUGAAGAGUAAAGGCUCCCAUCAGCUAUUAAGAACAUAUGAAUAGCAUAAGCAGAUGUCUCCAGGAAACCCGUAAGCAAGACUUGGAAGGCAAUAAGCCUCUUAGGAACAUAAGAAAGUGCCUUCUACUGAACCCGGACUUUAGUCCAUCUAGCUAAGUAUUGGUUACACCAGUCAUGGGAAAUCUGGGGCCUUUCCAGCUCUGUCAGAGCAUGACACACAUAGUCGCCAAUGGGGAUUAUGGGAUUUGCAGUCCGACAACAUAUGAAGGGCCAGAUGUUGCUUCCAAAUAGCAGGUAUUCAUAAGUAAGAUGCCUUUAAAUCUAGACUGUGGUCCCACCUAGCCGUUGUGACUAAAAGGUGCCAAUAGGCUUGUCUUCCAUGUCUUUUAAAGCUAUCCAAGGUAGUAAUAUUGUUAUUUCUUGGGCACAAGUCCUUAAUUAUUGCUUUAUCAUUAUAUAAUUUUUAGCAAAUGUUUCAAACAUUUCCACAAUAAUCUUCAUAUCAAAGUUACCUUUCUUCAAAAACUGACUUCCCAACCUCACUUCUCCAGUGUUUUUACUCAAACCUUUUUUACCUUUUCUUUUUAUGUUUAUCUAUUACACAAAGUUUCUCCGUUACAAUUAUGUCUUUUUCAUUUUUCUUCCUCUGCCUUUAACUCGAACCUUGCCCGCGAUUUCAUUUGAUUACAGUUUUUUUUUAAAAUAAUCCACUAACUUACUUAUUUAUUAAGACUGAUUAAUAUCGCCAUACUGUACUGUAAGCAAUGAGUUGUGAGUGCUAGCAGAGAUAAAAGUCCGGGAAUCCAGCCAUAUUUACAGGAUUUAUUGCUCCUUUGAAGCUAUGUACAAGCAGUUCAAAAGUCCGACUCAUCCAUAGCGGGUCAGUUGUCCCGACUAGACUUCCUUUCGAUUUUCCCCAGCAUAACCACUUCCUAAGCCCGGUCCCCCUCCUUCCUCUCUGACGAGAGUGGCUUGUCCCCGGAAGUGCCUGCCCCCUCUCAUAUUCAUUACCUCCUGACAGCUCUUCGUCAUCCUCCUCAUCCGAGGAGGAGCAACUACUUAUUAAAGGAGCUUUCUCCCGGUAAGUUCCCAUUCUCUCCCCCUUCUCUGGCUCCAGUUCCCUGACAUGUACCCACUGGUUAGUGUGCUAAAAAUAACACAUACCAUGAUAAAAUCAGAGUCAUAGGAGCCAACUCCUAGGGGUAGAGAGGUCUUCGCACAUGCCCCCCCCAUAUAAUAUUUGAGGGCGCUGGGGACCCCCAAUGUUGAUGGACAUUUUCAUUCAAAUGGUGUGGGUGCACCAUGUCAUGUGAUCGAUUAUGUGUGGAGGAGCUUACCUGGGCUUUCCCCAUAUUUUAUUGAAGUUGGCACCCUUGAUCAGCGUGAAACAUUUACUAACACCACAGGUUCUUAAAGGUCCAUUACUGUGUAGCCAGACAAAACGAGGAUGUCUUCCUGUAAUGGGAAGCAUAUUCACCCAGUGCUUUUCCAGCUGCACUGGCUUCCGGUGGAGUACAGGGUCAGAUUUAAGGUGCUGCUUUUGACCUUUAAAGCCCUUCAUGGCCUAGGACCCUUGUACCUACGGGACCGCCUCUCCCGGUAUGCCCCACGGAGAGCCUCAAGGUCCAUAAACAGCAACACCCUAGUGGUCCCGGGCCCUAAGGAAGUUAGAUUAGCCUCAACCAGAGCCAGGGCCUUUUCAGCACUGGCUCCGGCCUGGUGGAACGCUCUGCCUCAUGAGACCAGGGCCCUGCAGGAUCUGAUUUCUUUCCUCAGGGCCUGUAAGACAGAGUUGUUCCGCCUGGCCUUUGGCUUGGAGACAAUUUGAUUCCCUCCCUCUCUUUCUUUUUUCUUUUCCUUCUCCUCCCGCGAUGAGGCUACAUUUUAAUGUUUUAAUGUUUCAAUAUUUUAAUGUUGUAUUUUAAUUUUGUUUUUAAGUUGUAAUCAUUCAACUUGUUUUUAUUAUUGCUUGUAAGCCGCUCUGAGCCUGGCCUUGGCUGGGGAGGGUGGGGUAUAAAUAAAAAUUAUUAUUAUUAUUAUUAUUAUUAAUGCUUUCAGCAAAUGGUACAAGGAUGGCUCAGUCAGGGGCAGGGAAGGAGAUACAUAACCAAGAAGCAGGCUCUUGAAACGCUUCUGAAUAUGUCCUGCGCUCACAUCCAUUGUAAUUCUGUGCUUUCAGGAUGUUUCUAAGAAGCUGUUUCGCAUUCUGGACAAUGUGAAUCGGGCCUAUGAACACUACAAAAAGGAUGACGGGCUCGAUCCUGAGAUUGAAAGGGACUACUACCAUUCACAAACCUGGGAAGAGACGAGCCGCCGGGCUCAUUUUUUGGAUGGAAUUGAUGACGUGCUGGAUGAGAGCGUCUUCAAAAUACAGGAAUUAAAGGCAGUGCUGGAGGCGCUAAAAUUCUGGCGUUAGUUCCAUGGUGCUGGAAAAAUGGGAGGGUAUACUGUGGCAAGUGCCAUCUUCUAGAACAGGGGUCGGCAAACUUUUUCAGCAGGGGGCCGGUCCACUGUCCCUCAGACCUUGUGGGGGGCCGGACUAUAUUUUGGGAAAAAAUCAUAAUGAACGAAUUCCUAUGCCCCACAAAUAACCCAGAGAUGCAUUUUAAAUAAAAGGACACAUUCUACUCUUGUAAAAACACGCUGAUUCCUGGAUCAGAUUUAGAAGGCAAUUGGGCUGGAUUCGGCCCCCGGGCCUUAGUUUGCCUACCCAUGUUCUAGAAAUCUAGAAAAGGGUAUUGGAGCAAGGAAUCUUAAGUCGCUGUCAACACACGUGGGAUAGAAAAAAAGUUCAUACUGUGUGUGUCUGUAUGCCAGCGAAAUAACAAUGAAACACUCACAAUCACAAAGUACAACAAAGGGGGGGAAAGCCGCUGGAGAAACAAGGUUACCAAAAAACAAAUGCCCUAAAUGCCAAAUGUCCCGUGGAAUAGUAAUGUCUGAACAAGCUACCCAAUCUAUAGAACUGCAGCCUUCAAAGAUGUCACAAUUUUGAAUUGGAUUAGAGGAUAGGCACCCUUAGCUAGUAAAGAGGAAGAAUACAUUCAGUUGACAUUAACAUGUGAACCAGCCUGCACAAAACAUUACAUGUACAGCACUGUAGCAUUUCUGUCUUUCCAAAUUGUCGCUUGUCUGAAUUUUGGGAUGAAAUUCUCCAAUCGCAAGUGUGUAUAAAAAUUGGGAUCUGCUUACAUACCUGUGGGUGACUUGCAGCAAGGUUUUCUAGCUCCCAUUUGGUUUAUAAUAGCAACAACAAAAUGGCUUUCCCUCUCCUAAAUUGGGCUGUUGAAAAUUAAAACUAACCAGGAGUAGACUUUUGUGCGAAAGGGCUAUGGGCUUAGUCCACUCCAGUCCUGGCAAUUGUACUGAAAACAAAUGUACCCAGAGUGGCUCAAAGUAGACUUGGAGAGAAACCCCUGUUAUUUAGUUUUAAUUGUGUGUCGUUUGCAUUUAGUUCUCGUUGUUAGAUCUUGGGGUUCUAGUUUUAAAAGUGGGGGAAGGAAUCUGACAAAACCAAAGACUUCCCACGUAAAAUGUAGAGUUUUAAAAGUCACAAAAAGAACACUGAACUAGCCCAAUAAUGGCUACUUAAGCCAGCUGAGGGACACGGGUAGCACUGUGGGUUAAACCACAGAGCCUAGGACUUGCCGAUCACAAAGUCGGUGGUUCGAAUCCCUGCGACGGGGUGAGCUCCCGUUGCUCAGUCCCUGCUCCUGCCAACCUAGCAGUUUGAAAGCACAUCAAAGUGCAAGUAGAUAAAUAGGUACCACUCCGGCGGGAAGGUAAAUGGUGUUUCCGUGCACUGCUCUGGUUUGCCAGAAGCAGCUUAGUCAUGUUGGCCACAUGACCCGGAAGCUGUACGCUGGCGAGAUGAGCGCCGCAACCCCAGAGUCGGUCACGACUGGACCCCUUUACCCUUUACCUUUUAAGCCAGCUGUGACACUCCAGGAUUCAGGCAGAGAAGUAUUUCUCACCACCAACUUCCUCAUCUUUUAAACCAGGACUGAACCUCCUUGGUGCCUUUCUGCAUGCAAAGAUAUGGCUAUAGCAGACUGGUUUCCUGAGAAAGCAAGGCCUUGGUGAUAGUGUUUAACCAGUUAAAUCUCUGUUCAUUCGAUGGAUAAACUGGAGAUUGCUUUUAAAAGGACAGCUUCUCAUUUUACAUCACGGGUGUUUCCAUCUUGACUCACUUUGGGUUUAAACAUUAUUUCCAGAUGAAAUGCUGAAAGCGGUUGAACGAGAAGAAAAAGUCCUUGCCACUAAUGACAUAAUUGAAGAGAUGGAGGAGAAAAUCCAGAAUUUUAUCAGCGCAAUGGACUCAAAGAUUCAGCAUCUAAUCAAACUAUUCCGCCCACUUUUAGAAGGGAAAGCUAAGCAGAGACGGAAAUCAGGUACCUAAAUGAGAUGAAUCUGUUAGAGAAAGAGGUUGCAUCAUCAGGAAGCAGAGGUCUAUAUUGUUGGGAGAUAACUGGGGAAUACCAGUUAAUCCUGAAGUCCCACAUGUGUGGGGAACUACAAAGAAAAAAACAGCUGAUUUUUUUUUUUUAAAAACCAACCCACAGGGUUUGACUUUAGCCAAAGCAGCCCCUAGCAGAACUUAAAACACAGAUCUAUGUAGCAUUUGUAAGCAUGGGAAAUAGGUUGUUAGAACUUUAAAUAUCCGAAUAUUAAACACUUACAAUUGAGCUCCCCUGCUUCUACCCAUCUUGGAGUGAAUAGACUACAACUCUGAGUAAGUUUAAAUACUUACUUACAUCAGUCAUAGGUCUCACUCAUGCACCAUUCAGUGCUACAGCAGAAACAGCACAGGCAAGGUAUUAUUGGUUGCAAAAUACAAAAAAAACCCUUCAAGCUUGGAGUAUUAUUACUAUUAUUAUUAUACUGCCCUACAGCUGCAGGUCUCGGCGGUUCAUGGGAUAAAAUCAGAAUAUAAAAACACAAAGUACAUAAAACGAAAACAGAAACAGUUUGGGCUAAGGAGCUCCAGCAUCAUGCAUGAUAUCAGCUUACAUGGUUAAAACGAAGAGAAAGGGAAGGCAGAGGAACAGGAAAUUGACAGAGUUGAGGGGUGUGUAACCUAGCUGUGUCUCCUCUAGAAAUUUACAACUCUGUGGUCCUUAACUCCUUCAUUUACCAACUAGCAUAGAUAUGCAUUGUUAGGUUUGACUGCAAAAACUUCCACAUAUGUUUGGCUUGAAAGAAAUAAAAGUACCGAUAAACCAAACAGCACACCAAAACUCAAGGAACCUGUGUCAGAACCCAGCUGUAAACUCCGUCAUCUUGGACAAUUAAGCCAGCAUCAGAGUUUGCAUAGGGUGGAGCAGUUGCUAGGGGUUUUAGUGGGAAAGAGAUAAAGACACUUGCAAGGAAGAGCUGCAAGCCUUGUUCAUUUUGUGUGUGGCAUAUUCAGUUUAGGGGUCUCUCUCAUCCCCUGCUCUCUUGAUGGUCUGUGCCAUCUGUGUGCUCCUCUUACCGGUUGGCAGAGUUCGGGAGCCUAUUUCCAAGGAGAUUUUGCUUCCCCAAAAUGUCUGUCCAUCUACUUUAGAUAAACAAAUAUUUAUCCAUCUAUAUAUCCUGCUUUUCAAUGUCUCAAAGCGACUUACAAGUAUAAAAAAUUAGAAUAUACAAAAUUUGAAACAUGAACUUAAAUCUCUGAAAUUUAAAAUGUCAAGAAUUUAAACAAGAACACGAGAAACAUUAAAACAUGGUAGAGAAAUAUCCAUGAUGCAAAGGCUUCCUGAAAUAAAAUGGUUUAAACUAGGCACCUGAAACUCAGCAGAGAUGGUGCCUGUCUUCUAGGGGGAGAGAGUUUAGCAGAGCUGGGCCUGCGACACUGAAGGCAGAAUGUCUUGUUGACACAAGUCAUACUUCUGGUUUAUUCUGGAGGCCUCAAGUGCCUUAUUAAACCAUGGUCUCCUUUGAUGAUCUGAUUGCACUCACUUUGGGACAAGACUGAUUCCAAGUGGCUGUAACAUGUUUGUUACAUUUAGGACAGCACACAGAGUUUUAUUGGGCUGGAUCUACACUCGCCUUUUCAUUAUUAGAACGAUACUAGAAAUAUCGUUCUAAAACAUCAAGACAGGAAACGUCCCCUUUGGUUUUCGUUUUGCUUUCUUUCCCCGCAGUCUCUCUCCCUGAUUUCUGGUUGCUCUGCAGUGCCCUCUGGUGUCACAUUUCUAUAACGCACUAAGAACAUUAAAGAAAAGAACGUCUUGUGACUAUAUGGUUACCGGAAUCAUUCCUUAACUCCUUUUUAACGUUAAAAACCAUGAGUGUAGAUCCGCCCUUGAUUUAUAAGGAAGUUCACAGCGUCACUGUGCAACAAUUCUUGUUCCAGAGGUACUUUAUCACUGGGCUAAUUUUACUUUGUGUAUACUCUAAUGCCUUCUUGUUAUCUCUUCAAUUAUUUCAGGUCACAGAAAUGCCAUGUUUAAAACAUGGAGAGACAAAGUCGCCGAUGCGCCCCAGGAAGGGGAGCCUAUUACAACAGAACGGAUGUUGGACGAUGACCCUCUUACAUUCAGCCGCACUAAUGAGCUCAACAACAUGAUGCAAGAAAUGGUAGAUUCUCCGACUUUUUUGAAAAUAGAGCAUCCAGCAGUCAAGUACAUUGUAACCAUGGUAGCUAACCUAGCUAAGGCCUACAGCCUUCUAGGGAAGCAGUAUCGCAGCCUUAAAAUCAAGUGUGAAACCGAGAGCGCCUUGGAAAGCAAGAAGCCAGACCCACACGUUGCAACUCUGCAAAGGGAGCUGCGAGUGGCCAUGGAGAGGAAAACAGCAAUGGAAAUUCAAGUCCACACCGUUGAAGAGAUGUGCAAGACACUCAUGAUUACUAACGAAGCAUUGCACAGGGAGCUGCAGGAGGCAAAUGAGAGGGCAAUGGUGGCACGCCAAGCCACCCUCAGACCUGCUGUAAGUAGGAUUCCUGAGAAACUUCCCACAGGGAGUAUGAAAGAUAUGAAGGAAGUCAAGAGUGAGAAAGAAAUCAAGGAUGAGAAAGAAAUCAAGGAUGAGAAAGAAAUCAAGGGUGAGAAAGAAAUCAAGGGUGAGAAAGAAAUCAAAGAUGAGAGAUAUAUGAAGCUCCACGCUGAGCUUGCAGGAAUGAGAACUGUGAAAGCUGAAGAAAAGGGCACUUAUGAGGAGAGUACAAAACUCCACACUGAACUUGCAGAAAGUAGAAGUGUGAAAGUUGAAGAAAAGGGCACUUAUGAGGAGAGUACAAAACUCCACACUGAACUUGCAGAAAUGAUAAGUGUGAAAGUUGAAGAAGGGGGCACAUUUGAUGAGUCACCCAGGCAGCAGAAACCCACGGUUGAAACCAUUGACCCUGACCAGCUGCAAGAAACACCUUCCGAGGCAGAAGUACCUCUGACGUUUCUUUCAGUAAGAGCUCGGGACAGCAAAACUGGACUGUCACGACUGACAGUUGUAGGCCCGACGUCCUCAGACCUGUCACAGGCAUCCUCUGAGCUAUCACAGAUAUCGUCCGACGAAACGGGAGACACAGAAGCUGCUGGAAAAGAAACAGCAACAGCAGCACCUAGCAAAUUUGCAGGAAAGAAACGGGGGUCAAGGACAGCUGCCUGGAAAAAAAUACAAACAUCCCUUUUGAAAACGCAGUCACCACAAAAAUUGGCUGGCAAAAGCCACCAAGAACCUGAAGGGGAGCAAGCUCCCCAACAGCCAGCUGAAAGCCCUCCCCCUAAGCCCAUUCUCAAACGGGUCACCAGGGAGAGUGUCGGUGAAGCGGAAGUCGAAGAAUCAUCUCAAGAGCCAGCAGAAGGACUCCCAAGCCCCCCAACAAAGCGCAAGUUCUCCAUAAAAAAGACGGCAGGGCAAUUGGUCAAGGCUGUCAAAGAGAGAAAGGUGGUCAAGUUUGACGACGACGAGCCGACUCAAGAGACUGCUCCAGGUGUCCAGAAGGAGGAGGGCGCAGAGGUCCCAGGGGAAAGCUCAUCACCACAAGCAGGAGAAGCCGAGGAAUCAAGCCAUGAGACAGUAGGCAGGCCCAAAGGGAAGAAGCGCCCCAGCAGAAGCGGCCCAGCAGGUGUGCCACAGCCAAGGUGGGCAGAGAAGACAGGAGAUGUCAUCCGUGGUUUAGGCAAAAAGCUGCAAGAGCUUGCCAGCGAUAGAGGUGGUGUGUUAGAUGCAGAGGCUCUCAAGCGCAUUUUUGAGGAAUUGGACGCAACCUAUCAAGACACAGUGCAGGAAGAGAAGCCCGAAAGUCGUGGCGAUGUUCCAGGAGAAGUGCCUGAAGGCCGUGUCAGUGGUCCAGCAGAGGAGGCUGGAGGCAGCCCCGUAGACCAGGAGGAUGCACUAUUCACUGUAGAAAUCCCCACGUUGCCUUCUGCAUUUGUGCAGAAAAGGCAAAGAUACUCAAUUGUUGAGGAACUCCCUGGACAGGAUACAAGCUCUGGGCUGCAAGAAUUUCAGGAGGUCAUCCUUGCUUGCUUAGAUGAGAAGAUAGAGAAGUUAAAGAGGAGUCUCUCAGGCAGCUGGAAGCCGUCAGCAAAAUCCCAGCUCACACAUACACUAAGCAAAGAGAUCUCCGAGGCAAUAGACAGAAAACUGGAUGAAUGCAUCUUGAUGAAGCAGAAAGUAUCUGCUGGACGGAAGAAACAGAAGUUUGCAAGGAGCACAGAGGGCACAGAGGUUGAGUUGGAAGAGGAAGAUGGGAAGGGAAUCAAACUUCCAUCUUUGUCCUUUAGCAGUCCUGUGGUGUCCCAGGAGUCUUCAAGUAGCUCUUUCAGCUCUGGGACGGAAUGGGAUCAAGAAAUGACAACAGGACAGGCCUCGCCCUUCAAGUCCCAGCGACAUCAAAGAAAGAAGAAGGAGGAAGAAGAAGAAAAAGAAGAAGAAAAAGAAAAAGAAAAAGAAGAGCAGAAAGAAGAAGAGUUGCGGAGAGACCAGAAGGAGCCCCAGUUGCAAGUGGAGGAAGAAGACUUGACCAAGGUUUCACAUCCCAUGGAAGAACAACCUCCAGAACAACAGCCUGAUGAAGCAGAUGUGCAAGCCAAGGUCUCGUGGCAGGAAUUGGAAAAGGAAUUGGCAAAACAAUCUUCUGCAGAAAAACUUAAGCAUGCCCAGAAAGGAAAAGGGCCAUGGCGCAAAGAGAGUAAGUCAGAUUUGGAAAGUGAUAGCUCACGGGAGCUCAGCAGAGAAAAACAGCUUUGGUAUUUGCAAAUCCAGGAGCAGCUGCAGGAGGAGAAGCAGCGGCUGCAUGAAGAACAGGCCCGGCUGCAGGAGGAACGCCACAGGCUGCAAGAGGAACAAGAAUACCAGCUGCAUUGGCAGGAGAUGUGCGAGGGGCAGCGGCAGCAGUGGGAGCGGGAGAAGGAGCAGCAGAAGGAGCAGGAGCGCAUGUGGCAGGCGCAGGCCGAGCACUGGCAGCUCCUGCAGCAGCAGAACGAGGAGCAGGAGCAAUUCUGGGCCAGGCAGCGGGAGCAGCAGAAGGAGCAGCAGGACCUGUUGCAGAAGGCGAUUGAGCAGCUACAGCUGGAGAAAAGGGAGCUGCUGGCGCUGCGAGGGAAGCAAGCAGAGGAGCAGUGGCGCUGGAGCCAGCUGAAGGAGCGGCACAAGAAGCAGCAGCUCCUCUGGCAAGAGGAGGACAUGGAGCAGGAGAGGAAGAGGAGCCAGUGGCAGGAGCAGCUGCAGCUGCAGGAGCAGCGGAUGGAGGCCCUGCGGCAAGAGCAGCAGGAGCAGGAGGAGAAGAACAUGCGGUGGCUGCAGGAGCAGAAGGAGAAGCAGGAGGAGAUGGAGCACCUUUGGGAGAUGCGCUGGGAGCAGCAGCUGCUCCGCUGGCGCCAUCAGAUGCAGAUGCAGAGGCUGCAAGUCCAGAAAGUGAAGAUGAAGCAGCAGCAGAUGCAGAAGGAAGAAAAGGCCUUGCUUCCCAAGCUGAAAGUGGUGGAAGGUGCAAUUCUGGAUCAAUUUUCCAAGCGAUAUAAGAUUGCUUCCCCCCGUAAAGAAAGGCGUGCUUCUCCUAGCCCCCUGCUCAGCCCCGUGCCUAGUUCACAGUUUGACGAGGAUACCUAUGAGCUGGAAUCCACUUGGUUCCCCAGGCUGUUCACCAAAGCGGAGGAGUUUGCUGCACCCGGCACCACAGAGAAGCGUUACUGGAUAAACGUAGAAGCUCAGAGGAGAAACCUGGAGGUGUUGGGGGAAGCUGUCCGGAAGGCUGGCAUCUCCCCAGAACUCUACACCCUCACCAAAGGGAUAAUCAAGCAAGCAUUGCACAGCAAUGUGGAAAGGCUGGCUUUGCUCUUCCGGAAAUACAUCGCCUUCCGUCGUCUUCAGCAGGUCAGGUAAGACUAAAAAUCUUAAUGUGAAGCUACUGGGAACCUUAGCGUUGGCGCACAGUGUGGUGACAGCGCAUUGCCCCCAGACUAUAUUUAAAGAGCACGGCAGAAAACAAGUUGAACUAGUCAUCCGUCUAUCAGGCGGACAGUUGGAAGGAUGUGCUGUUGUCACAUGUAUAUAAUUUUAAGAGCAAUCUAAAAUUAUAUAUGUUGAAUAGUGGAAAAGAUGGACAAAGGACACAGCUCUGUUGGAUUCACAGCUCUUUAUUGCAGCAGUUAGAACUGCUCCUGGAAUCAGACUGACUGCAGCCUAGCUGGCUGCUUUAUAUAAUACUAAGAAACAGUAAAAACCUCACAACUAGCUAACCAAUCAGGAGCGAGUUUUCAAUCCUUCAUUUACAUACUGGUGGCCCUGAGUGAGAACUGCCACUAAUCUUAAUACUUAACACCAUAUAUAUCUCAUUAUAGUUUUACCAAACUGUUACCAUACACUUGAGGAGGACAUGGAGCAAGACCAAGGUGGGCUAUAGCCUGGGGAGAAGAGGUGUGGCCUGGGAAAAGUCCUAGGACAGUUCCAGACUGUCGCUAUUUUGGGGUGGGAUUCAGCCACACAGUAAACUCAGUUUGUACGACUACAGUUGAUUGGGAGGUUUUGCAAACCCGCCUUUCAAAAAGUUCAGGUGUUUGGACUAAGGAAAGUUGCAGGAAAAUGGAUGGGGGGGGUAACAGUUGUUUUGAUGCAAUGUCAUCUAACUUCCCCGAAAAUAAUAAGAAUGAGGUAAAAGUAAAGGACUUCUGGACUGUUAAGUCUAGUCAAAGGCAACUAUGGGGCACGGUGCUCAUCUCGCUUUUUAGGCUGAGGGAGCCGGUGUUUGUCCACAGACAGCUUUCUGGGUGAUGUGGCCCUUGAAGCUGACUCAGAAACUCCAGCGGGUGCAGAAUGCCGCGGUGAGACUCUUUACGGGGUCCUCGCCGCGGGAUCACAUUCAUUCAGUGCUUUACCAGCUGCACUGGCUCCCAGUAGAGUACAGGGUCAGGUUUAAGGUGCUGGUUUUGACCUUUAAAGCCCUAUGCGGCCGCCUCUCCUGGUAUGCCCCGUGUAAGACCUUAAGGUCCAUAAAUAAUAACACUUUAGAAGUCCCAAGCCCCAAGGAGGUUAGAUUGGCCUCAACCAGGGCCAGGGCCUUUUCAGUUCUGGCCCCGGCCUGGUGGUACGCUCUACCGCAGGAGAUCAGGGCCCUGUGGGAUUUGACAUCUUUCCACAGGGCCUGCAAGAUGGAGCUGUUCCGCCUGGCCUUUGGGCUGGACUCAGUCUAACCCCCGCUCUCUCUCUUUUUUUUUUUUUAUGGAACCCCUUAUAUGGGAUUUUGUAUAUAAGUUUUCCCUUGGCUCUUUUUGCUGGCCCAUGUAGGACCAGCAUGGAUAGUUGGCCCCAGGGAAUAUUUGAUGUUUUCUCCCCUUAUGGCUUUGAUCUAUGGGCUACCACUAAAACGAGGCUGCAUUUUAAGCUGCAUUCUAACUUAUAUUUUAAUCAACUUUGUUUGGUGUUUUUUUUUUAAUGUUUUUACUGUAUUUAUAUUCAGUGUUAGCUGCCCUGAGCCCGGUCUUAGCUGGGGAGGGCAGGGUAUAAAUAAAAUUUUAUUAUUAUUAUUAUUAUUAUUAAACCGCUUCUGGCACACGGAGGACUGUGAUGAGUGCCAGAGCACACGGAGAUGCCGUUUACCUACCUGCCACAGUGGUACCUAUUUAUCUACUUGCACUUUGACGUGCUUUCAAACUACUAGGUUGGCAGGAGCUGGGACAGAGCAAUGGGAGCUCACCCCGUUGCGGGGAUUCGAACCCCCGACCUUCUAAUUGGCAAGGCCAAGAGGCUCAGUGAUUUAGACCACAGCGCCACCCGCUCCCUUUAAUAAGAAUGAAUGUUUAUUAAACAGCCAGCAUCAUCUCAUCUCCUUGCAGCCCAAUCAGGAUGAAUGUUCAAUAGCCAGGUCAUCCAUAAGUGGUUCCAAAUGCCAGGUAGAGAGGCUGGGAAUACCAGAAUGGGCCCUCUGACUUAAGGACUAAGCUGCUGGGCUUUCUUUAUACUAAAGGAAAGAGCUAUCCACAUUUAUAUUCCUCCUGCCCUGUAUUUACAGAGAAACCUUACUUAUUCGGUUGGAGGCUGCCAAAGAAGCCAAGGACGGUGUUAGAAUGCAGGUUUUGUACAAGAUGGUAGACAAGCUAGAUGCUCACCAGAAAAGAGUUAUGGGGCACUGGACUGUUAAACAGAUGAUGGCAGAGAAGCAGCGUCGGCGCUGCCUUCAAAGGAUGAUUGCCUUGUUUGCUCAGGUGAGCCUAAGAGAAUGAAGGGUUCACAACUCAGAGCUGGUGUUUUACUUUCACCUCAUGUCAGGAUGAGUUUCUCUUACUGCCUUUUUUCAUUUCAAUCUAUAGAACCCAGCCUCUUGGAUAAUGGCGUUGUCCUAAGUGAAUCUCCACCCCCCGUCUCUCCCACUUCCUCAUUCCUCAUCAUCAUCACCUCCUCUACGGGUGCUGCUACGUACCCUCUGUCUUUGAGCUCUUUGCUCUCCUACUUUUAAGGCCCGCCGUGUUCUAGGAGAUGGAGGGUCUGGCAUGCUUUCUAAUGACAAUGUGUCAGCUGGGCGUUCUGGCUCUCCCAUGAUUUUCCAGCUUUCCACCUCAUCUGCCUCUGAGCUGCAACCUCCCUCAACCCCUUGUUGUAAAUCUAUACUGUCUUCCUCUUCCUCUUCUUUGGAAGAGUCAGGUUGGGAAGGCGGUCGCCACCAUUUCUCCUCUGCCUAGUCCCUGACACCCCGGGGCUGAUGACCCUCGUAGUAAAUUUCCUAUCCCUUGUGAGCAACUCACUGCAUGAAUCAUGAGUUUCGCCAUCCAGUCUGCAUCAGUAGCGGACAGUGGCAACGGGGGUAAGGAUAUUCACUGUGUGAUGAUGGCUCCCACUCACAUGGGGGGGGGGCGGUUCUGCUUUGUGAUACAGUCACAGUGGGCUUGGGAAACUCACUACGUAUAUGCCGGAAAAUCAGUCUAUAAUUUUGGCAUGGGGAAUUGCUGUUCUGUGCACACCAACUCUCCACUAAAAGUCACAGGGGGGAAAGUAUACCUCCUUGGUGAGUGCUUGAGCCCACAGUUCAGUCUUUGGUCUGAAACAAAUCUUAUUUUCUAUCCCACAUACAGGGAAAAGGGUAGGGCUAAGUGAUAUAUUGAUAUAUCAUCCAAAACUGGUUUGAAAUCCAUAUCAUGAUAUUGGUUUCAUAGUUUUUGACCUGGUGUUGUUGUUGUUGUUCAGUCGUUUAGUCGUGUCUGACUCUUCGUGACCCCAUGGACCAGAGCACCCCAGGCACUCCUGUCUUCCACUGCCUCCCGCAGUUUGGUCAAACUCAUGCUGGUAGCUUCGAAGACACUAUCCAACCAUCUCGUCCUCUGUCGACCCCUUCUCCUUGUGCCCUCCAUCUUUCCCAACAUCAGGGUCUUUUCCAGGGAGUCUUCUCUUCUCAUGAGGUGGCCAAAGUAUUGGAGCCUCAGCUUCACGAUCUGUCCUUCCAGUGAGCACUCAGGGCUGAUUUCCUUCAGAAUGGAUAGGUUUGAUCUUCUUGCAGUCCAUGGGACUCUCAAGAGUCUCCUCCAGCACCAUAAUUCAAAAGCAUCAAUUCUUCAGCGAUCAGCCUUCUUUAUGGUCCAGCUCUCACUUCCAUACAUCACUACUGGGAAAACCAUAGCUUUUACUAUACGGACCUUUGUUGGCAAGGUGAUGUCUCUACUUUUUAAGAUGCUGUCUAGGUUUGUCAUUGCUUUCCUCCCAAGAAGCAGGCGUCUCUUAAUUUCGUGGCUGCUGUCACCAUCUGCAGUGAUCAUGGAGCCCAAGACAGUAAAAUCUCUCACUGCCUCCAUUUCUUCCCCUUCUAUUUGCCAGGAGGUGAUGGGACCAGUGGCCACGAUUUUCGUUUUUUUUAUGUUGAGCUUCAGACCAUAUUUUAAGCUCUCCUCUUUCACCCUCAAUAAAAGGUUCUUUAAUUCCUCCUCACCUUCUGCCAUCAAGGUUGUGUCAUCUGCAUAUCUGAGGUUGUUGCUAUUUCUUCCAGCAAUAUUAAUUCCGGCUAGGGAUUCAUCCAGCCCAGCCUUUCGCAUGAUGAAUUCUGCAUAUAACUUAAAUAACCAGGGAGACAAUAUACAGCCUUGUCGUACUCCUUUCCCAAUUUUGAACCAAUCAGUUGUUCCAUAUCCAGUUCUAACUGUAGCUUCUUGUCCCACAUAGAGAUUUCUCAGGAGACAGAUGAGGUGAUCAGGCACUCCCAUUUCUUUAAGAACUUGCCAUAGUUUGCUGUGGUCGACACAGUCAAAGGCUUUUGCAUAGUCAAUGAAGCAGAAGUAGAUGUCUUUCUGGAACUCUCUAGCUUUCUCCAUAAUCCAGCGCAUGUUUGCAAUUUGGUCUCUGGUUCCUCUGCCUCUUCUAAAUCCAGCUUGCACUUCUGGGAGUUCUCGGUCCACAUACUGCUUGAGCCUUCCUUGUAGAAUUUUAAGCAUAACCUUGCUAGCGUGUGGAAUGAGUGCAAUUGUGCGGUAGUUGGAGCAUUCUUUAGCACUGCCCUUCUUUGGGAUUGGGAUGUAGACUGAUCUUCUCCAAUCCUCUGGCCACUGCUGAGUUUUCCAAACUUGCUGGCAUAUUGAGUGUAGCACCUUAACAGCAUCAUCUUUUAAAAUUUUAAAUAGUUCAGCUGGAAUACCAUCACUUCCACUGGCCUUGUUAUUUGCAGUGCUUUCUAAGGCCCAUUUGACUUCACUCUCCAGGAUGUCUGGCUCAAGGUCAGCAACCACACUACCUGGGGUGUGCGAGACAUCCAUAUCUUUCUGGUAUAAUUCCUCUGUGUAUUCUUGCCACCUCUUCUUGAUGUCUUCUGCUUCUGUUAGGUCCUUUCCACUUUUGUCCUUUAUUAUGGUAAUCUUUGAACGAAAUGUUCCUUUCAUAUCGCCAAUUUUCUUGAACAGAUCUCUAGUUCUCCCCAUUCUGUUGUUUUCCUCUAUUUCUUUGCAUUGCUCGUUUAAGAAGGCCUUCUUGUCUCUCCUUGCUAUUUUUUGGAAAUCUGCAUUCAAUUUCCUGUAUCUUUCUCUAUCUCCCUCGCAUUUUGCUUGCCUUCUCUCCCCCGCUAUUUGUAAGGCCUCAUUGGACAGCCACUUUGCUUUCUUGCAUUUCCUUUUCAUUGGGAUGGUUUUCGUUGCUGCCUCCUGUAUAAUGUUACGAGCCUCCAUCCAUAGUGCUUCAGGCACUCUGUCUAGCAAAUCUAAAUCCUUAAACCUGUUCCUCACUUCCACUGUGUAUUCAUAAGGGAUUUGAUUUAGAUUGUAUCUUACCGGCCCAGUGGUUUUUCCUACUUUCUUCAGUUUAAGCUUGAAUUUUGCUAUAAGAAGCUGAUGAUCUGAGCCACAGUCAGCUCCAGGUCUUGUUUUUGCUGACUGUACAGAGCUUCUCCAUCUUUGGCUGCAGAGAAUAUAAUCAAUCUGAUUUUGAUGCUGCCCAUCUGGUGAUGUCCACGUGUAGAGUCGUCUCUUGUGUUGUUGGAAAAGUGUGUUUGUGAUGACCAGCUUGUUCUCUUGACAGAACUCUAUUAGCCUUUGCCCUGCUUCAUUUUGCUCUCCAAGGCCAAACUUGCCAGUUGUUCCUUUUAUCUCUUGAUUCCCUACUUUAGCAUUCCAAUUCCCUAUAAUGAGAAGAACAUCCUUCUUUGGUGUCACUUCUAUAAGGUGUUGUAAGUCUUCAUAGAAUUGGUCAAUUUCAGUUUCUUCAGCACCAGUAGUUGGUGCAUAAACUUGGAUUACUGUUAUGUUAAAAGGUCUGCCUUGGAUUCGUAUCGAGAUCAUUCUAUCAUUUUUGAGAUUGCAUCCCAGUACAGCUUUCGCCACUCUUUUGUUGACUAUGAGGGCCACUCCAUUUCUUUUGCGGGUUUCUUGCCCACAGUAGUAGAUAUGAUGGUCAUCCUAACUGAAUUCGCCCAUUCCCGUCCAUUUUAGUUCACUGAUGCCCAGGAUGUCAAUAUUUAUUCUUGCCAUCUCAUUUUUGACCACAUCCAACUUACCCAGGUUCAUGGUUCAUACAUUCCAGGUUCCUAUGCAAUAUUUUUCUUUACAGCAUUGGACUUUCCUUUCGCUUCCAGGCAUAUCCGCAACUGAACGUCCUUUCGGCUUUAGCCCAGCCGCUUCAUCAGCUCUGGAUCUACUUGUACUUGUCCUCCGCUCUUCCCCAGUAGCAUGUUGGACGCCUUCUGACCUGAGGGGCUCAUCUUCCAGCGUCAUAACUUUUAUAUGCCUGUUGUCUUUGUCCAUGGAGUUUUCUUGGCAGAGAUAUUGGAGUGGCUUGCCGGUUCCUCCUCCAGGUGGCUCACGUUUGGUCAAAACUCUCCACUAUGACCUGUUCAUCUUGGGUACCCUGCUCGGCAUAGUUCAUAGCUUCUCUGAGUUCUUCAAGCCCCUUCGCCACGGCAAGGCAGUGAUCCAUGAAGGGGUUUGACCUGGUAAUAUCACAAAUCGUGGGGUGUGUAUGUGUGUGCUAUGCAGAAAUCACAAUGUGGGGGAAACCGUGAAGCCAGCUAAUGCUUCUCUCGAUUCUUGCAGCCCCUGUUAAGUCUGCCAGCUUAACUCUCCCCUGCCUCCUGCAGUGGGCAGCGAAUCAAAAGAGCAGACGCAGGCAAAAAUCAUGAUGCAGAAAAAAUUGUGAAGCCAGUCAAUCCUUCUGCAUAGCUCCAUCCUUAUUUCAGGCAUCGUGAUAUAUCAUGAUGUUUAGCUGGUGAUAUAGCACGAUGUUGAAAACUGUGGGAAUGUUCAGGGAUGCAGGAGAGGAUAUAUUGUCUGAUUACAGCCUUUCCAACUUGUGUUAACAAGUUCACAAUUUAGCAGAGUAACAUUCCCCUUUUUAAACUUGCAGCGGAUGCGUUUGCUCAGGCUCGCUAAAGCCUCUAUAGUAACUGUUUUGGUAUUUUCCCCUUACUCCCUCAUAAAAGAUAAGACACGAUGCAGUCUUCUAUAAAAGUAUAAAAGGUUUACUCACACAUCUUUCUGUUCACAAUAGGAUCCCAGAAGGCAGACUUAGCUUAGAAAAGUAACAUAUACCUAGAAACUAUCUCAUAAGAAGAUAGUCCCUUUGUCCUCUUGCAUCUUUGGCUAAGCAGAUGUUGCUUCUUCGAUGCAUGUAGUCAAAAAGAGAGGGAUGGCUGCCCUGCCCUGUGCUUUUGUCGUUACCUGUACAGGUGAGGCCACACCCACCUCUAGUCACAUGCAGAGGAAGUCUGUCCCAGCCCAGAAGGAAACAGGAAGUUUACCUGCUGGCUGGACAAACAUUCCUCCCCAUGUGUAAACAUGUUCACUCUAGGAAUGUUGUCCUUGACUGCUCUUGUGUGUCACAUCCCACAAAUACCAGGGGCAAGAAAUUAGCAGAGCUUCGUUUGGGGGUCUCGUAUUUUGAGCAACAUUAGUAAGAUGGCUUCUGUCUCUCAAUCCUCCCUUUUCCUCAUUCCUCCGGCUGCAUGGUAGAUCCUUCCCUGAACCUUUGUCUGCAUCAGGCAAACUGACUGCUCUUUCUUUCUGCACAGCUCCGCUUGAGUGCCAAACUCCAGCUUACCAACCCAUGCCCCUUGUUGAUCAAAGCAAGAGAUAGAACAAAGAGGGAAAGCAUACACGUGCCCAACAUUGGACCUGUCUUCCUGAAGCCCAGAACCCACCCAAGCCCCCUGGUUUGUGCAAAGAAACAACAAGAUUUAACAUUUUCAGCUACAAUCAGGUACAGUAUAAUAGGUUCUUGGAGGGAGCUCCUAUGAGGUUGCAGUCUCUGUGGCCCGAUUCAAUUUUGCUCUAGCGUAAGGGCAAGAAUAGGGACGCGGGUGGCACUGUGGGUUAAACCACAGAGCCUAGGACUUGCCGAUCAGAAGGUCGGCGGUUCAAAUCCCCGCAACGGGGUGAGCUCCCGUGGCUCGGUCCCUGCUCCUGCCAACCUAGCAGUUCAAAAGCACAUCAAAGUGCAAGUAGAUAAAUAGGUACCGCUCCGGCGGGAAGGUAAAUGGCGUUUCGUGCACUGCUCUGGUUUGCCAGAAGCAGCUUAGUCAUGCUGGCCACAUGAGCCGGAAGCUGUACGCCGGCUCCCUCGGCCAAUAAAGCAAGAUGAGCGCCGCAACCCCAGAGUCGGUCACGACUGGACCUAAUGGUCAGGGGUCCCUUUACCUUUAAGGGCAAGAAUGAAGAUUGAAAAUGAAAACCGAAAACUGAAUAUGAGAAUCCAGACAACUAUUGCUCUAGCAGGAAACUAGUUGUGCAACAUGAAGUAUCGGGGCUACAGCAAUGUGUUGCGCGACCAGCCACGGAAAUCAUGCUUUCUUCCUGAACUUUCUCAUGCACAAGCCAUUCCUCCAGUGCAGCUACUAUACCACUAGGGGAUUUUAGUAUACCUCUCCAUGUCAGGAAACCUAACUCCUACUUCUUAGAAUAAGGAGUAUUUUUAAAAUUACACUCUAUUCAAUGUCAAAAUAGCUCAUCAUCUUGGCUCAGGGCAAGUAUCCAACAGAUAACGACCAUUCAAAUCCAUGUAAAACUAAUGUUCUAUGAAUACAAAAGAAAGAGAACCAGAAUCCCUCUCUGAAGCCUCUUUUAAAAAAAAGGACAUCUUUUACUUUAAAAAACAAAAUCAAUUUUUGGAAGGCAAUCAAGAGCUUCACAGAGGAGAGUCUCCUAAUCUCAGCAUCAAUCAGCUGCUUCUUCAGAUCUCGAUCAAACAGCUAGCCUACUGGACUGUUUGGGGUUACUGAGAUCCAAAUUACUCAUUACACACCCAUGAAAUGGUAGCCCAACAGCUAUUUCAGGACAGGAAAAGUUGGACAACCAGGAUAGAAAAACAGCAGAAGAUCCCCUCUCCCUUGAUCAUCACCAAAUUUCAAAUUACUUCCCAUUGGUUUUUCUUCUCUUCUGGGUGUUAGUUGCACGUUAGAAAUAUAAGGAUUGGAUUGGCACUUUUCUUUAAGAUAGUAGCUUACUUCAAAGCCGUUUCUUUCUUUGAUGUAUAAUGGCAUUCCUCCUCUUACUAAUAGGGAGCAAAGCGGUGAACAGAUAGAAUCACUGUGGAAGACGGAUAUCACGGAAUUUAGUAUCCCCCUUGGACCCAAAGAGCCUGUGUCUCUGAUGUGGUCUGAGGCAUGCGGCUUUCCGGAUAUCCCUAGACUUUUGGAACUAGACAUUUCCUCCAUUAGGAAGCAACCCUUACGAAAUAUCAAGACUCGGUAAGUGGCCCUCCGUUAUUUGAACUUCUAUUCUUCCACCUAGCAGAAUGAUAAAAGAAGACCAGCUGCAUAAUUCAUUGUAAUUUUCUAGCGUUUUCAUACAGUGCAAAAGGAGUCGAUGUCACUUCUUUGGUUUCAUGCAUCGAAGAACAUAAGAAGAGCCGACUGGAUCAGGCCAAUGGCUACUCUAAUUCAACAUCCUGUACUCAGAGCGGCCACCCAGAUGCCUGCGGGAAAUCUGUGUGUUCACAUAUUAGGAGAAAUACAUCACUAGGAAACACAAUUAGGAGAUGAAGAGGCGAGAGAGGAUACUACCAUAUUUCUCUGUGUAUAAGAUGAGGUUAUUUUCUAUUUCAAAAAUUGGGGGCCGUCUUAUACACGAAACAUGGGCAUCCAGGGAGAUUUUUAUUUUAUUUUAAGGUAAUGUCCAGGAUUUUGGCUUGGGCGGGCUGGAGUGCGCGUUCGGUGGGCCCAUUGGGGGUUGUGGCAAUCACCCCCCAAAGGGUCAAAAGCUUGUCGCUGUCGCCGAUUGUGCGGACUUUCACUUCUACUUUAGGGUUUGGGCAACCCUAAGAUACUGUUUUCUUAAUUUUCGGUUCCAAAAAAUAGGGGUCAUUUUAUACAUGGGUGCAUCCUAUGCACAGAAAAAUACGGUAUUUCCUGUCACUCUGUCAGAGGUGCAACUGAGGCGAGAGACAUUCUAGUGACUGAGACAGAGGUUUAAAAUAUUAUUGGGUAAAAAUAUAAUAAUAAACUAAAUUACUGACAUUAUGCUGCUUUUUAAUAGGUUUAGUAAAAAAAAGUUAAUCCUUUAAUAAUCUGCCAUCUGGGGCAAGCUGUCCCACUCUGCCUGUAGGGAGGUCUAAUUCUAGCACAUCAAAGUGCAAGUAGAGAAAUAGGUACCGCUCCGGCGGGAAGGUAAACGGCGUUUCCGUGUGCUGCUCUGGUUUGCCAGAUGCGGCUUAGUCAUGCUGGCCACAUGACUUGGACAAACGCCGGCUCCCUCGGCCAAUAAAGCGAGAUGAGCACCGCAACCCCAGAGUCGUCCGCGACUGGACCUAACGGUCAGCGGUCCCUUUACCUUUACCAACUAUUUUAGAAGGCUUCCGAGUGGCAUGAUACACUUCUCUACAAGUUGUUUGACUCCAUUUCCCAUCAACCCAGGCCACUGGCUUUGCUGGCUGGGAAUGAUGGGAGUUAUAGUAUAAUAAUAAUAAUAAUAAUAAUAAUAAUAUGGUGGGCACCAUGUUGGGAAGUCUGUAAUUACACACAAACACACACCAUAGGCUAACAGUCUGGCUAAAUAUGUGAAUUAUUUUCAUUGCUGUUUAAGACAGGUUUUAUAGUAUUCACGGAAUAUAAUUAGUAUCAGUAUGAAUGCCACAUUUCAAUUAUCAACACAAAAUAUCAAAUAAAUGCAUCCAAAGCUUAGGUCACCCCCACAUCUGAAAGGCAGCAUACUGAAAUGCUGCUUUUAUUAAAAGAAUAAACAAAAUAUAAGGUCCACAACCGGAUUUAUUGAGAAGGAAUGAGAACAAGCAGCUAGAGACAUCACUUCUUGUAUGGACUUAGUCAGACAAAAGCCAAAAAUUUGGAUAGAGAAAGGGUUGUGUAAGGAGGGGUUUAGCCCCCUUUUCUCAGUUUCCAGCACUUUUUGAAGCGACCUGGUGACUGGUAUAUAACAUCACUUUUUGACAACCAUGCCCCGAAAAUAAAGGAGUAUUUGAUAACGUAUAAAAUGUCUGAGCUAGUUAUGGUACUUCGUAGAAUAGUCUACAGGGGUCACUGUUGAGCAGCACAAAGUUAUUAUGACUCUGUGUUCAGCUCCAUUCUGCACUCUUGUUUUCCCAUAUAUAUUUCCCCCAAACAAACGAUGCGAGGUAAGCCAAGAACAAAUGCCGGUUACUGUUUGAAAUAAAUUAAACCACAAACCCAGGUUCGGAUGUCAUGCUAUACCAAAUAAUAUGAGCAAAAGUAGCAAGAGAGGAAUGAAAUACCCACAAUUUUAGAAGUAUGUUACAAUUCAGCAACUAGCAGUCCCGAACAAUCAGCAAAUAUUAAUCUCAAACAAUCAGGGUCCCAUGAACAUCUAAACAACUAAACUAAAUAGAGUUUAUUGAAACAUGGUUUAAAGUGAUAUGUGAAUAAGGCCUACAGUGUUUUCGAUGUUUUUCAACUUAGCUCAAAUUGAUACCCAUUUCAUUCCUAUUCUUAAAGGCAUUGCUACAUUUUUAAGGCUGCCUCUGAAACAGAGGAAUUUUCUUAGUUUUCGAUACAAAGUUAGCUGCAUCUAAUAUUAUGAAAUAGAUAAUAUUUUAUAUUAUCCAUUAACUGUUGUUGUUUUCUUCUCUUGUAGGAUUCAGAACAUUCCCAGGUGGAAGUUAUCUGGAUAUAAUUUUAUGCAUUUGUAAUUUAGAUAGUAAUUCAUUCAGAGUGUCAGUGUGUAAUUUAAUCCAAUAUGUAAUAUAUCUAUAACACAGGUUGACUGGGAGCACA